GCGCGAGCAAAGCCGAGGGUAGGUCUGCAGGCCCGGAGGGGGCGCGUGCGCACUAACGCAACCGGAAGGCUCCCGGGCCGGCUGCGGGAGUUAGGGAGCGUCUGCAAAGACCGAGCAGGGAAGCUAGGGGUCGUCUAACACGACCGCCGCGGGGUUGAGGAAGGUUUAUGUUUCCGAAACCUCGGGAGCUGUCAUAGCUAAAGAGAAGGAAAUCUGUCCCCAGGAGGGGGUCACCCCUCCAAAGAUAGCUACUGCCCCGUUUCUGGAAACCCUGAUAUUUCUAGAGCAGAAAUUACUUUCGCCAAACCCAAGUUGGUGACAGGAGGAGCCCCUGUACAGAACGUAAGGAUGCUGUAACCAGAAUAUGGGAUCGCGGAACAGUAGCAGCGCAGGAUCCGGGUCCUUAGAGCCCUCCGACGGCUUGUCCCGAAGAGCGGCUGGCCUUCGUCGGAGUGAGGAAGAGGAGGAGGAUGAAGAUGUGGAUCUGGCCCAGGUACUGGCCUAUCUCCUCCGCAGAGGCCAAGUGAGGUUGGUGCAAGGAGGAGGUGCAGCAAAUCUACAGCUCAUCCAGGCCCUCUCUGACUCAGAGGAGGAACAUGACAGUGCCUGGGAUGGUCGCCUCGGAGAUCGAUACAACCCACCUGUGGAUGCGACCCCUGACACUGGGGAGCUGGAAUACAAUGAGAUCAAGACACAGGUGGAAUUGGCCACAGGGCGGCUAGGACUCAGGAGGACUGCCCAGGAGCAAAGCUUUCCUCAAAUGUUACACCAGAGAGAACGGGGCCUCUGCCACCGGGGAAGCUUCUCCCUUGGAGAACAGUCUCGAGUGAUGUCUCACUUCUUGCCCAAUGACCUAAGCUUCACCGACACCUACUCUCAGAAGGCUUUCUGCGGCAUCUACAGCACAGAUGGUCAAAUCUUCAUGUCUGCUUGCCAAGAUCAGACAAUCCGACUGUACGACUGUCGGUAUGGCCGCUUCCAUAAAUUCAAAAGCAUCAAGGCCCGGGAUGUAGGGUGGAGUGUCUUGGACGUGGCCUUCACUCCUGAUGGAAACCACUUCCUGUACUCCAGCUGGUCUGAUUACAUUCAUAUCUGCAAUAUCUAUGGGGAAGGAGGCACACACACUGCCCUGGAUCUAAGGCCAGAAGAGCGUCACUUUGCUGUCUUCUCCAUCGCCGUCUCCUCAGAUGGACGAGAAGUACUAGGAGGAGCCAAUGAUGGCUGCCUAUAUGUCUUUGACCGAGAACAAAACCGGCGUACUCUUCAGAUUGAGUCUCAUGAGGAUGACGUGAAUGCAGUGGCCUUUGCUGACAUAAGCUCCCAAAUCCUGUUCUCUGGGGGAGACGAUGCCAUCUGCAAAGUGUGGGACCGACGUACCAUGAGAGAGGAUGAUCCCAAGCCUGUGGGUGCACUGGCUGGACACCAAGAUGGCAUCACCUUUAUUGACAGCAAGGGUGAUGCCCGGUAUCUCAUCUCCAACUCCAAAGACCAGACCAUUAAACUUUGGGAUAUCAGACGCUUUUCCAGCCGAGAAGGCAUGGAAGCAUCACGCCAGGCUGCCACACAGCAAAACUGGGACUAUCGGUGGCAACAGGUGCCCAAGAAUGCCUGGAAGAAGCUGAAGCUCCCAGGAGACAGCUCCUUGAUGACUUACCGAGGCCAUGGAGUGCUGCACACUCUCAUCCGCUGCCGAUUCUCCCCAGCCCACAGCACCGGCCAGCAGUUCAUCUACAGUGGCUGCUCUACUGGCAAAGUAGUUGUGUAUGAUCUUCUAAGUGGCCACAUUGUGAAGAAGCUGACAAACCACAAGGCCUGUGUGCGUGAUGUCAGUUGGCACCCCUUUGAAGAAAAGAUUGUCAGCAGUUCGUGGGAUGGGAACCUGCGUCUUUGGCAGUACCGCCAGGCUGAGUACUUCCGGGACGACAUGCCAGAGUCUGAGAAUUGUCCCAGCGCUCCCACUUCGGUGCCCUGCCCAUCUGUGGCCUUUUCCUCACCUCAGUAGGUCUGACUGCCGCUCUGUAGAGGGUGAGCGCUCACCAUAUUCUGUCUCCUCCUCCCUCUCCCCUUCUGGGGAGUAUGUGGAGGAGCUGCUGACACUGGGUAGUGAGAAACAGAAGCCCAGGGUUCGUGCCCCAGCUGAG